GAAGCAGCACGUCGUAUUGCAAACUCUUUCUCCUCUUCUUUUUCUUCCUCUUCUCGGUACACAAGUGAACCAUGACGUCAGUCUUCGCUUCGGGCAACACGGCCGUUAUUACGGGUGGCGCUGGGGGUGUCGGCCUGGCCAUUGCCCAGAAAUGCGUUGGCCACGGCAUGAAGGUUCUCAUCGUCGAUCGCGACACGGAGCUUCUUAGAGCUGCCGAAAGAGAGCUCGGUGAGACUGUCACCGGCUUUGAGCUAGACGUAGGCCAGGUUGAGGGUUGGGAAAAGCUCAAAACGGUAGUCACGGGCUCAUUCGGAAGUCGCAUUGAUCUCCUGGUUCUCAAUGCCGGUGUAGGAGGCAAGUCCAAUUGGCAAGACCCAGUCAGCUUCCGCAGGAUCCUCGACACCAAUCUAUAUGGCGUCAUCAAUGGCAUCAGCAGCCUUCUACCGCUUGUGGGCGACGGACAGUUGUCCAAGUCGGCCGUCGUCAUUACGGGCUCAAAGCAAGGCAUCACGAAUCCGCCGGGCAACCCGGCAUAUAACGCCAGCAAGGCGGCAGUCAAGAGCCUCGCCGAGCAGCUGUCAUUCGACCUAAGGAACACGGCUACGUCUGUGCAUCUCUUGGUCCCUGGAUGGACCUUUACCGGACUCUCUGGUUCAAGGUCUGGCGCGGAGAAACCAGCGGCCGCCUGGACCGCCGAGCAAGUCGCCGAGUACCUGGAGCAGAAGAUGGCCACGGGCCUUUUCUACAUUCUCUGCCCAGACAACGAGGUGACAGAGAAACUGGAUCGCUCGAGAAUUCUUUGGAGUGUUGGAGAUGUGAUUGAGGGACGGCCGCCCCUAAGCAGGUGGCGUGAGGAUUACAAAGAGGAGGCACAGACAUGGAUCGCCAAGCAGUUGUAAGCCUGGCCCCUGAGCUCGGCGUCAAGGUAGUGGGAAUGCCAUAUCCCUGGGCACCAUUACAAGAGGAUAUGGAGCGUUUGCUUCCUUCGCUGUCAUUUCUCGAAUGAUGAAGCGUUGUAUAUGAUAAACCUCAUGUUAGAUGCCUUCCUUGUCUUGGGAAUACCCCGCCACCUCAAACGCCGGACGCAAAUGCAUGUCCCUUCGCCGCACAACCUAUUCUCGGUCUCGGUCCUGUCACCUAUAUUCGUUCUGUCAUUGUGUCCAUAGAGCAAAUAGCCCAAACCCCAUCUACCUCAUCGCAAAACCCCCAUUCAUGAGACGCUAAACGCUCAUCUUUGCCU